AUGGGUAACAAUAUUGUUAUCAAACUAAAGGUAGCAACAAUAACAUUCAUUAGAAUAUUUAGUCUUGCGAAAUCUUUUUUCUUGGAUCCGAGCUUUAAACGGGUUAUAACCCUCAUUCUGGCUACGCAUAUUUGCGUGCUAAUCCUUGCCAUAUGGCAAUUGUUCAAUAAUCAAGCAAUUUACUUAAAAUCUUACCCCUUGGACAAAUUGAAAACUCCGUUAUACAAACAUAUCUUAGACAAGGAUAAUCCUUCCAGGAAUAGGGGAAAUUUAAAUUUUAAUGUAGACGAAAAGUACGCCAUUAUCAUAGAUGCGGGCAGUAGUGGGAGCCGAAUUUUUGUCUAUCAAUACUAUUUCGAUAUUCCUCCCACUAAUUCUAAUAGCAAGGGAUCUAAUCCUAACAACGAGGAUAGCAAUAAAUUUAAAGGAAUACCCGUGGAUUAUCUGAAAAUUGAUUUGGCCAAAAAUCCAGAUAAUUUGAAUGAAACUUUAGUGCACAAGAUAUCUCCAGGCCUAUCCUCAUUCGCUGACAACGCCACUAUCUCUGCCGAAUAUCUUUUUACGUUGAUUGACUCCGUCAUCUUGAAAAUCCCUGCUUCUAAAUUGAGUGGUACACCCCUUUACAUAAUGGCCACUGCCGGCAUGAGGCUGAUCGAGCCACUUCAACAAGAAGCCAUAUUGAGCGAUUGCAGGCGGGACAUAGCAACUAAAUACCCCCAACUUGUGUUUCCUCCCUCGCACAUUCAAAUCAUCAGUGGCACCAUGGAAGGCGUUUAUGCCUGGAUAGCCAUCAACUACAUAUUGGGAAAGUUCGACGCGCAUGAUGAUGAAAGUAUCUUAGAAACGAAACAAACUGUGGGUAUAUUAGAUAUGGGAGGUGCUUCACUCCAGAUAGCCUUUCAAGUCCCUGUCAAUUAUUCAACCGCAUUACUCGGUCGCUACUCCUCUAAUCUCACCGAUAAAAUAUCCCAGGCUAAAGUCAUUUUAAACGACUCUCUCCUCGAUAUAGAUAUCGGUGGCGGUGUUAAAUCUUUCAGAAAUUACAAGCUUUAUGUAAGAACCUUCCUAGGUUUCGGUGCCAACGAGAUCAUCGAUAAAUACCAACACAGUUUGCUCUCCUCGCAAUCUAACCUAUCUUUCAACGUAUCUGAUCCUUGUUAUCCUACAGACUAUGCCUACAAUAUUUCCAAAGCCUCCUUAAUUGGUACCGGAGAUUUUGUUGCCUGUUAUUCCAAAGGUCUGGCCCCUUUCUUAAAGCUUAAUGCUCCUUGUUCACUCUCCCCUUGUUCAUUGGCCGGGGCACAUAGCCCGCCUUUGUUUCGCUUCCAUCAAUCCCGAAAACUCUCUAGAGUCGCCCUCGAUAAACCUAACUCACAUUUAUCUUAUAAUAAACUCAAUGACAUAUCCUCACGACUCUUGCACCCUCAAAACCUUCGUCCCGAAAUGCCGGAUGCUCUCUUUAAUGGAACAGCUAACCUUUCCAUCCCCCCUCUAAACAAUCUUGCUGAUUUAUCACGCUCCUUAGAUGAUAUGAAUUCUAACCCAUUAAGCCCUUCCGCUCACCUCAAAUUUUACGGUUUUUCUGAAUUUUGGUACUCGGCUCAUGAUAUCCUUUCUAUGGGUGGUCCUUACGAUCCUGUUGCUUUCAAACGUUCGGCUUCCGCCUUUUGUCGCAAAUCGUGGUUCGAAUUGGAGUCUAUUCGGAGUUCAUAUGUCAAUGCUGACGAUCACAGACUUACCCAUCAGUGCCUCAAAUCGGCAUGGAUGUAUGCUGUUCUCCAUACAGGAUUCGGUUUUCCUGAACUUAGUGGAACACCGGAUCUUUUUGAAUCCGUACAAUUAGUGAAAGGUAAAGAAGCCCACUGGACACUCGGUGCCAUUAUUUAUGCCUUAUCCCAUGAUAGGUCUUAUGCACAAAUUGCUAAAACUCAAAAACAUUCUUUUAAUAGCAACAUAGCGGUUUCUGCUCUGAUGCCCGUAUACCCCGUUCAACACAUAUUCUACAACCAGAGCGUUAACGGCAAACCAGAUAAUUUUUUCAACCCAUACGUAUUUUCCCAAAGAUCUGAAUACGCAUUUCCUCAAAAUCACGUCGUUUCUCUGAGUUUGAGAUACAAUAAUUGGACAUUUUGGAUAAUAUUUGUUUUAAUAAUCCUCAUCUGUUAUACCCUAUACCGCUCCUGUUUUUCAAAUUUUAGUUCGAUUAAUAAAAAGGGUUAUGGUUAUAACCCAAAUAAAAACAAAUUUUGGAUAGAAUUGGCUUUCGCCUUGUCAUUAAUCAAACGAAAACUGAAGCGAAUCGUUUCUAAUACCAUUUUAGAUGAUUCUCUUAAAACUUAUCCUAAUAACAAUUUUUAUUACAAACGUGUGAACAAUAACGAAUGUGGUGAGCAUUUUUGUCGAUAGAAAAUUCAUAAAUGAUUAAACCCGGUUAUGACAUCAACGACCUGAAUUCAUACUCGCAAAAUGGAAAAAAUGAAUGUUCUUUUAAGAUGAUAAAAAGCAAAUUCGAUGUUUUAAAGAUUGAUCAGUCUAUUUUAAUAUGCUCUCUAGAAAGAUGCUAUUUACUUUUUUUAAAAGACAAAAAAUCCUCGAUUUUUUUCUUAAUUAUAUUUUUUUAUUUCAUCCAUAUAUCGUCUACCAUUUUAUGAUAAACUCUUGAUUAUGUUUGUAAUUAUAUUCUAAAAUUUAAAAUUGAUUUUUAAAAGUAAUGUUUGAUCAUUUUUAAUUUUUGAAUUGGUUCUGAAUAUGAUUAUUUAUUUAUUUUCAAUGUUAUGGCAAACCUACAUUAUAUUAUUAUUUUAAAAGCCUCAUAUUAUUAUUCUGUAUUUCAAAAAACCGAAAUUUUCUUUAAACAAAAUGUUUACUACAUCUAAGUUAAUGGGUAUUUUGGGGGCAUUUAUUAUUAUUGAAACAUCUUUAAAUUCAAAUUUAUCUGUAUAAUUCUUGCGUUUUAUAUGCUCAUUUUAUUACAUAUGCGUAAACUAAACAUAUUUGAACUCGAAUUUUAUAGAACAAACUAAAGUUUUGCAAUUUAUUUUUACGAAAAUGUAU